AUGUCAUUCUCUUUAGCCGACGUAACUGAAUACUUCACUGGCACCAUCGACUAUAAAGGACAAGAAUUGGCCACCAGCAUCCUCUACAAGCUUCUCAACUUUUUUGCCCUCUCCAGCUUUCUUGUGGGGUUUGUUUAUCAAGACAUUGUCUAUUCUGUGGCAAUAUUUGGAACAGGAUUGGUGGUCAUUGCCGUAGUUAUUUCUCCGCCUUUCAAGUUUUACAACAAACACAAUUUGAAGUUUUUGCCAGUUAAAAACCAGGUAUUUUCUGCCGACACCAUUUCUGACGUGGUCAUCGAACCUAUUCAACAAUAA